GUACUACUGCUAUAUUGUUGUAAACAUUUUCAGCAUUAGGGGAAUUAAUUAAAAGAAAAGUGGGUGAAACGACAACGAAGAGUAAAACCGGCGGCCCCAACUGACGUGGGACCCACGCGCCUACAAACGUUAUACUCGCAACAACAACUCGCCUGAACUCAGCUUCUUACUCCGACACCAAAUCUCUGCAACUCAUCGACAUUUACAUACAAUUCUUUGUAUGUAUAGUUAUUAUAAGUAAGUAUAGCUAGGGUUUCAAGUGGAUUCAAAGAUGUCUCGGCAGUCUACUUCCAACGCUGUUCACAAAUCCAAGACUCUUGACAACAAAUAUAUGCUUGGCGAUGAAAUCGGGAAAGGAGCUUAUGGUCGUGUUUAUAAGGGUCUGGAUUUGGAAAAUGGUGACUUCGUUGCAAUUAAACAAGUGUCUCUAGAAAAUAUUGCUCAGGAGGAUCUCAACAUUAUCAUGCAAGAAAUUGAUCUGCUCAAGAAUUUGAACCACAAAAACAUUGUGAAGUAUCUUGGUUCUUCAAAGACAAAGAGCCAUCUCCAUAUAAUUCUUGAGUACGUGGAGAAUGGUUCACUUGCAAACAUAAUUAAGCCAACCAAGUUUGGUCCAUUUCCAGAAUCAUUAGUCGCUGUCUACAUAGCUCAGGUUUUGGAAGGAUUAGUGUAUCUGCAUGAACAAGGUGUAAUUCAUCGUGAUAUUAAGGGCGCUAAUAUAUUGUUAACUAAAGAGGGUCUUGUAAAGCUUGCAGAUUUUGGAGUUGCAACGAAGUUGACUGAGGCAGAUAUCAAUACACAUUCUGUUGUAGGGACACCUUACUGGAUGGCUCCUGAGGUUAUUGAAAUGUCUGGAGUUUGUGCUGCAUCUGACAUAUGGAGUGUGGGGUGCACUGUAAUUGAGCUUCUUACUUGUGUACCUCCAUACUAUGAUCUUCAGCCCAUGCCAGCUCUUUUCAGGAUUGUGCAGGAUGAGCAACCUCCAAUACCAGAUAGUCUCUCUCCUGCCAUGACUGAUUUUCUCCGUCAGUGCUUUAAAAAGGAUGCUAGACAGAGGCCUGAUGCUAAGACAUUGCUCUCACACUCUUGGAUACAGAACUCGAGGCGUGUGUUACAGUCUUCACUUCGGCAUAGUGGAACAUUAAGAAUUAAGGAGGAAGAUGAUUCUGUUGAUGCUGAAACUUCGAAUGGAGAUGAUCUUAGAAAUGUUGAAGACCCUAAUGCACUAAAAGCGAAAGAUUACCAAACAGAUUCAUUGUCUAGAGAGGCUAUUGCUGAAUUUGACAUAUCUAGUAAAGAUAAGGAUGCCAAACAUGAAAUUCUUGAGGAUAUAAAUGCUACUCCUGAAGAAGAGAUAUCAUCUGAUCAAGUUCCUACCUUAACACUCCAAGAGAAGUUGCCCAUAAACUCUAGUUCUGUCAAACUAUCUUCUAACAGUGAGGCAGCUACAUCAACAGAGCUUCAUGAGCCAUCUGAGUCGCAUACCCGGGAGAAAAUACUACCAAAUGGUGACUUGGGAUCACCUAAUUCCAGGAAGAAAAAUAUUGUUGCCAGAAAAACUGAAGUGAAAGGAAGUUCUCAUGUUGAACAAGGGUUAUUAACUUCUGCACUGAAGAGCCAUGAAUACAUUCCUACAAAGGCUCCGAAGGCAUCAACAAUUUCUGGAGGUAAUGAGCUGAGUAAAUUUAGUGACAGUCCUGGUGACGCUUCAUUGGAAGACUUAUUUCGACCGGUGGAUAAAACACUGGACAAUCAGGCUGCUAAACCCUCAACAUCUGCAUCCUCUUCACAUGUAAAUCAAGGCAAUGCCUUUGCCACAGAUGAAGGAAGGAAUGACCUGGCAACAAAGUUAAGGGCCACAAUUGCUCAGAAGCAAAUGGAAAAUGAAUCAGGGCAGACGAAUGGUGGUGACUUGCUCCGUAUAAUGAUGGGUGUGUUGAAAGAAGAUGCUAUUGACAUUAAUGGUUUGGGAUUUGAUGAUCAAAUGCCGGCAGAGAAUCUUUUUCACCUACAGGCAGUGGAAUUUAGCAAAUUAGUUUCAUCAUUAAGGCCAGAUGAAUCAGAAGAUGUGGUUUUAUCUGCUUGUCAGAAGUUGACAGUUUUCUUCCACCAACGUCCUGAGCAAAAGUUUGUAUUCGUUACGCAGCAUGGUAUGCUCCCUUUAAUGGAGUUGCUUGAGGUUCCCAGGACUCGUGUUAUAUGUGCGGUGCUUCAAGUUCUAAAUCAGAUAGUUAAGGAUAACACAGAUUUUUUGGAAAAUGCUUGUCUUGUCGGCCUUAUUCCAGUCAUUAUGAGCUUUGCUGUACCUGAUCGUCCUCGUGAGAUUCGUAUGGAAGCAGCUUAUUUCUUGCAGCAGCUUUGUCAGUCAAGCUCCUUGACUUUACACAUGUUUAUUGCUUGCCGUGGAAUUCCAGUUCUUGUGGGUUUCCUCGAAGCUGAUUAUGCAAAAUACAGGGAAAUGGUUCAUCUGGCAAUUGAUGGAAUGUGGCAGGUAAUCAAACUUCAGCGGUCAACCCCACGCAACGAUUUUUGUCGUAUAGCUGCAAAGAAUGGGAUACUACUCAGGCUUACAAACACCCUUUAUAGCUUGAAUGAGGCGACUCGAUUAGCUUCAGUAUCUGGCGGAGGUGGUUUUCCGGUUGAUGGCGUGAUUUUAAGGCCGCGGUCUGGUCCCCUGGAUCCAGGACACCCUGCUUUUGGUCAAAGUUUGGCACCGCCUUUUGGAUUUGAUCAUCCUGAUUAUUUAAAGGUUAAGCAUGGAGUAGUUGACAAUCCGAUUUCCUCUGGAACUCAUGACUCCACACGUGCUUCAGUUUCUCUUUCGUCCGAUUCUAGAUUUUUACCUCUUGAUAGUGAUAGGCCUCGUUUAAGUGCAUCCUCUUUAGAAGGUCCUGUGACUUCAAAAUCACAUGAUGCAACCUCUUUCGACAAGCUUGCUCAUGCUACAUUGAAGGAAAGAAGUGAUCCUUUAAGAGCUGCACAUAGAAAUUCAACAGACAGGAUGCCAACAGGGGCUGAUGGUUUUUCAAAUGGACAUUCUACAACGGCCACUCAGCAAGAUAAUGUCCGGCCUCUUCUUAGCUUGCUGGAUAAGGAACCCCCAUCACGACAUGUUUCUGGUCAGCUUGAGUAUGUACGUCACCUUACCGGGAUGGAGAAACAUGAAAAUAUGCUUCCACUUUUACAUGCAUCUAACGAGAGAAAAACAUCAAACGGUCUUGAUUUCUUGAUGGCUGAGUUUGCAGAGGUUACAGGACGUGGAAGAGAAAAUGCAAAUCUGGAAUCUAUGGCCAAAAGUCCACUCAAGAUUACAAAUAAGAAGGUAGGACCACCAUCAUUUAAUGAAGGAACUACUGCUUCUACAUCUGGACUUGCUUCGCAGACAGCUUCUGGUGUACUAUCAGGUUCUGGGGUUCUAAAUGCAAGACCAGGGAGUGCAACUUCAUCUGGAUUGCUUUCGCACAUGAUUCCACCCUGGAAUGCUGAUGUGGCUCGCGAAUACCUAGAAAAGGUAGCGGACCUUCUACUUGAGUUUGCUGGAUCAGACACGACUGUGAAGUCUUAUAUGUGCAGUCAAAGCUUGCUUAGUCGUCUCUUUCAGAUGUUCAAUAAGAUAGAACCUGCUAUUCUUCUAAAGUUACUGAAGUGCAUCAAUCAUCUUUCAACCGACCCACACUGCUUAGAGAACCUUCAGCGCGCAGAUGCAAUUAAAUAUUUGAUCCCAAACCUUGACCUUAAAGAAGGCCCCCUGGUGUCCCAAAUACAUCACGAGGUACUCAAUGCCCUAUUUAAUCUCUGCAAAAUAAAUAAAAGGAGGCAAGAACAAGCAGCAGAGAAUGGGGUCAUCCCACACCUUAUGCAUUUUGUAAUGUCAGGGUCUCCAUUGAAGCAGUAUGCGCUACCACUGCUCUGUGACAUGGCCCAUGCAUCACGUAAUUCUCGGGAGCAGUUAAGAGCUCACGGGGGUUUAGAUGUAUACCUAAGUCUACUUGAUGACGAGUUUUGGUCCGUGACAGCAUUAGAUUCCAUUGCUGUAUGCCUGGCUCAUGACAAUGAUGAUAAGAAAGUGGAGCAAUCUUUACUGAAAAAAGAGGCUAUUCUGAAAUUGGUCGAGUUCUUCCAGUCCUGUCCAGAACAACAUUUUCUGCAUAUAUUAGAGCCAUUCUUAAAAAUUAUUACGAAAUCAUCCCGAAUAAACACAACUUUGGCUGUCAAUGGCUUGACACCUUUACUUAUAUUAAGGCUUGACCAUCAAGAUGCUAUUGCUCGGCUUAAUUUGCUUAAACUUAUAAAGGCUGUAUACGAGCACCAUCCACGUCCAAAGCAAUUGAUUGUGGAGAACGACUUGCCUCAAAAACUUCAAAAUUUGAUUGAGGAAAGACGAGAUGGGCAGAGUUCCGGUGGCCAAGUUUUGGUAAAGCAGAUGGCUACGUCACUGCUUAAAGCACUCCAUAUCAAUACAGUAUUGUGAACUCCUCCCGUAUUAUCUUCAGUGAGUACAUAAAAUAUAUAUGUAUAAUAAGUAUAGUUGGCUAUAGUUCUUGUUAUCUGUAUUUUGCGAGUUUUGUAAUUUGAGGUGCAGGUCUUCUUGUUUGUUUGCAUCUUGUUGUUUGAAAUUAUAUCUUAGUUCAACCUGGAAGAGGGCAUAAAAUUGAAAUGACUUGGUCUCUCCCAGAAGAUCUUCAUGUGUGGAAGGCGGUCAAAAUUUGACUGUUCAAGUGUCCUCCACCCCUAACUUUUUGCAAUUAGUUUUUUCCUCCCAGCUUGAUUUAGCUUUGUAAAAUUUUGACAGUACUAAUUGUAUUGAAUUUGGAAGACUGUCAUUUACUCAUUUGCACUGUGUUUUAAUCAUAUAACCUGUUUGUUUUGCAACGAGUGCUGUGCACUUAAGACUACUGUGAAUUUUGUGGCAUCAAUAUAGACUCACUAUAUUCGUCUUUUUAU